AUGUGCUGCAUCAAGUGGAUGCUGAUAAGCGGUCCGUGGCGUCUGACUGUGUGGGCAGACGAAUUCACCACGGUCUUCGUGGAACCUUUCCACCCAAAGCUGGCAGAAUGCACAAUCCGCUGCAUUCUUCCCUUCUUCCCCAAGCCCCGUCCGACUUGCGAGUUUUUCACCUACUUUUUCCUUAUGUGGCCUCUUGAGUAUUACCGCAAAUUUACAGGUCGUGACAGACUGGCAGCGGUAAAACUCUUCAAGAAUGCUGUCUGCUUCAUCUGCGAGGUAACUGACAUGUUUGAUCCUGCCGACGCGGAGACACUCUUCAAUGUGCCCGAAUGGAAGUACUACAUGAUAAAGGGCACUUGGCCUUGGGAAGAGGACGAGGAGGAAUCUGAUGAUGACGAGGAUUAA